AUGACUACGACCGCAUAUGCAAAGGAGCUCGAGAUCGCCCAGCUGGCGGUGCAGCGGGCAGCCAUCCUGACGAAGCGUGUCUUUCACGAGAAAGCCAAAGGCACCGUGUCCAAAGACGACAAGUCACCCGUGACGAUUGGCGACUUUGGCGCACAGGCCCUGAUCAUUGCGGCGCUGCGGGCGAGCUUCCCGGGCGAUGCCAUCGUGGCCGAGGAAGAGGCGGCCCAGCUGCGUCGCGAGCCCCAGCUGCGCGAGACCGUCUGGGGCUUUGUGCAGCGGGCACGGCUGAGUGACGGAGCAUCCGAGGCAGCGCUGGGCGGGCCCAUUGCGAGCGCCGACGCCAUGCUAGAUCUAGUGGACGAGGGCGGGAGUGCAGGCGGCGGUGUCGGUCGUAUCUGGACCAUCGACCCGAUCGACGGCACCAAGGGCUUCUUGCGCGGCGGCCAGUACGCCGUCUGUGUCGGUUUGCUGGUCGAUGGCGUCGUUCAGGUCGGCGUCCUGGGCUGUCCAAAUCUGCCGGUUGACGAUGCGGCGCCGCUGGCUGCCGACAUUGGCGCGAACCACCAGACGGAUGCCGACGGCCGUCAUGGCGUCCUGUUUGCUGCGGUGGCCGGCGCCGGCGCCUUCAGUCGGCCGCUGACCGACGGCCUUCUCGCAUCCGCUCGGCCCAUCACCAUGCAUGCCAUCGAGAACAGCGAGGCCGGCCUUGCGGCUGCUUCCUUCUGCGAGAGCGUCGAGGCCGGCCACUCCAACCAGGAUGGUGCGGCUGCCAUCGCCGCCCGACUCGGCAUCACUCGGCCCAGCGUUCGCAUGGACUCGCAGGCCAAGUAUGGCUCCAUCGCACGCGGCGCCGGCGAUAUCUACCUCCGUCUGCCCGUCUCGGCCACGUACCAGGAGAAGAUCUGGGACCACGCCGCCGGUGACCUCAUCGUGCGCGAAGCUGGCGGCUGCGUCACCGACACCCUCGGCCGCCCGCUCGACUUCAGCCGCGGCCGCACUCUGGCCGAGAACAAGGGCGUCGUGGCCGCUCCCAAGGCUAUCCACGCACGCGUGCUUGCCGCUGUCCAGGCUGUCCUCGUGAUAGCAGCAGGACAGAAAUAG